CGGGGCGGCCCCUUCAGCACCAGCGCGGCCGCGGACAGCGGCGGCCCCGGCUGAGGCGGCGCGGGCAGCGUCCCGUGCACCCGCACCGAGCGAGUCCUGCGUCCCCACGCUUUCCCGGGGAGCUUUGUGUUUCUGUCAGCGACAAGAUGACAAUUCAUAUUUCUACCAAAUGAUCCAGUGACUCAUCCUAUUAACUCUGCCGGAAUACACGCUCCCAGUCGUCCUGCCACGGUUUCCCAGAUGCUUUACUGCUUCUCCUUGUCUCAUCUGGGUUUGAAUUACGACUGGAAGUUCCUCCGUAUUUGACAUUCCUGCCUUUGGAGCUUAUGCCAGCUGCAGUUCUGAACCAACCAAUAUCACAAUGACUGAGGACUUGGACCACAGAUUCAGUUAUCUCACCUGGGAUCAGAUUAAAAUCCUGGAUCAGGUUUUGACUGAGGCUAUACCUAUUCAUGGGAGAGGAAAUUUUCCAACCCUGGAGGUAAAGCCGAAGGAUAUAAUCCACAUGGUAAAGGAGCAGCUCAUUGAGAAGCAGAUCCAUGUCAGGGACAUCCGCCUGAACGGUUCCACUGCCAGUCACAUCCUGGUGAAGCACAACGGCACCAGUUACAAGGACCUGGACAUCAUUUUUGGAGUGGAACUUCCCAGUGAGCUCGAGUUCCAGAUCGUUAAGGAAGCAGUUCUCAAUUGCCUAUUAGACUUCUUGCCAAAAUGUGUUAACAAGCAAAAAAUCACGGCUCAGACCAUGAAAGAUGCCUACGUGCAGAAGAUGGUCAAAGUCUCCACCGACCACGACCGCUGGAGCCUCAUCUCUCUGUCCAACAACAGUGGCAAGAACGUGGAGCUGAAGUUCGUCAGCUCGCUGCGGCGGCAGUUCGAGUUCAGCGUGGACUCCUUCCAGAUCAUCCUGGACUCCAUCCUGGGCGUCUACAGAGCCUCAGACCGGCCCCUGACACAGGACUGCCACCCCGCCGUCAUCGCCGAGAGCAUGUACGGGGACUUCAGCCAAGCCAUGGACCACCUGAAAUACAAACUGAUCUCCACCCGGAACCCGGAGGAGAUCAGGGGAGGCGGCCUCCUGAAGUACAGCAACCUCCUGGUCCGUGACUUUAAGCCGGCGGAUGAGGCUGAAAUUAAAUCUCUGGAACGUUACAUGUGCUCCAGGUUCUUCAUUGAUUUUCCCGACGUUGCCGAGCAGCAGAGGAAAAUCGAGUCCUACCUGCGCAACCACUUCAUCGGGGAGGAGAAGAGCAAGUACGACUACUUGAUGACCCUGCGUGGGGUGGUGAACAAGAGCACAGUCUGCCUCAUGGGGCACGAGCGAAGGCAAACCCUCAAUAUGAUCACAAUCCUGGCUUUGAAAGUGCUCGGAGAACAGAACAUCAUCCCGAACGCGGCCAACGUCACGUGCUACUAUCAGCCUGCUCCCUAUAUCAGUGACAGAAACUUCAGCAACUACUACAUUGCCCAUGGACAACCCCCUGUGUUCUACCAGCCGUACCCCUUCCACAUACAGCUACAGAGCGGGAUGGUGUAGGAACGCUCCAACCUCCAAGCACUCACCACUCCUCUCUUUCCAGUUCUCUCCUUAAUAAAGGCCUCAUUAAAGCGAGUUUUAUCAGCACUUUUGAGUUAAGGACAUAUUUUUGUGCAAGUUGCCAAAGUUGUUUGGUUGGUCAAUGUCUAACUCACCAUUAAGCAGGUGAAAUAAGUGAAGCGUCUGUCGUUCGUGAAGUGUUUAUACCUUGACGUGUGUUUGGGCUGUAUUUUUUUGCAAUGAAAAGAGAAGGAUAUAAAUUAUUCUAAUUUUAUAAAAAUGAAAUGCACUAAGUUCUGGGUUCUAAAAAAGAAAAAAAAUUAUUAUGAAAAAUGUAAAUGGUGUUAAUGAAAACCGAAGCCAAUGAAAUACCUCUCUGUAGAAAUGCCUGAUGUUAGAAGGGACAGUGCUCUGGGUACGUCAAAGUCAAUCAUCCCUUGGUUUUAUCCAUGCAGUUCCAGCAACAUUUAUUUGCAGCACCUUUGAAAACACACAUUGC